UAAGUCUUAGUAAAACCAUCGUAACAAUGUUUUGCUCAAGAGAACUGCCAGGGACCGCCCUAGGUAUGCAUGCCACGACAAAUGAUAAUGAAAGAAUGCCUGAUGAGAAAAGGCGUAUUAAAAUGAAGCAAAAGUAAUUGCUUCGGUAGUCCAAUAACGCAUGCAGCUUGACAUUUAAACACAUGCUCUAUUUUAGUAUUACCCUUUAGCUUAUACGCAUAUUUAUAUGUGCCAGUGCGUCAUAGUGGGUAUGAGCCACAUGUUGAGGGGACAACUGGUGGCCUAACAGCAGCAAACAUUUUCGGGUGGAGAAGAAGAAGAAGAAGAAGAAGACUGACUUUCACACAGCUGAAAGGAAUGGGACGACGAGCUAGCAGAGGUGGCCCAGGCUUUCGCCGACCAAUGCAAAGGCCAACCUGAUAAACAGGAACAAAGAAUUACCACUAAGUUCCAAAAUGUGGGUCAGAACUUUGCCCACAACUUGGAGUCGACGAAUGAUCCAGUUGCAGGCAGCGCGAGUCACGUGAAGGAGUGGUUUGAUCAAUACAAGGACUUCAAUCCGGGCAAUGUGGAUUCUUUCAGCGUUACGGGAGGUCGAUGUUACUGAUUUUACGCAGGUGGCAUGGGCAGAAACAAGCUACCUAGGCUGUGGUUACGCACACUACAAGGCUCGGCAGAACCCGGACCCACACUUUCCUUUUCAAAAGAUAUUCGCUUGCCACUAUGCACCAGGUGGAAACAUUAAUGGAGCGUCCAUGUACAAGCGAGGUGCGACUUGCAGCGCGUGCCCAGAUGGAACUACCUGUGAUUCUGCCAGUGGUCUCUGCCACACACCUGGCGCGUCGGACGGGAACGGAAAAUCGGAGAGCAGCGGCGGCAGCGGGACACUAUGGAUAAUACUGGCGUGUGGCCUCCUGGGUAUUCUCGCUGCUACUGGUGUAGCCAUUGGAUAUUUGUACGCGAACUCAGGCACUGCCGCUUUAUCUGUAACUCAGUGAGAACGUUCCUGUCUUACUAUCUGCUACAAGAUUCAGGAGCCUA